AGCAUGUUGAAAAAGACCCAAAAAAUGGACAUGAAAUUUCAAGAAUGUUUUUAUAUCGUCAUAUCGAAAAAUCAUUAACUGAAAACAAAUCUCAUAAAACAGAGACAUCUGGAUUAUGUCAAACAAACUGUAAAUGGAAAGUUAAUAUAUACUGGAGUAAGUGCUUACAACAAUAUUAUCUUUCCACUUUUACAAAUAUUUAUACUAGUUAUACACUUGAUCCAACAUCUAUAAGAUUUAUUUCAAAAAGUCGAAAAUUAACUGAUGAAAUGUUAAAAGAAAUUGAAUAUUAUACUUUAGUUAGAAAGCUAACUGCCAGUACUCAGUAUCAUCUUCUUUCUGGAAAGCACAAAGUCCCAAUUCAUCAUUGUAAUCUAUAUAAUGCAAUUUCAAAAUUUAAAAGAAUCAAUUUUCCUGAAGACAACGAUGCAUCUAAAUUAUUGACUAAAUUACUUAAAAAAAAGAUGAUGAUUCUAGAUAG